AUGUCUGCGCCGGACUGGUCAACGCAGAGCAUAUUGAAAAAGACUUUCGUUCGACCAUUUCAGCUACAGAAGUUAAGGCGCAGGAGCACCGCGCCCACUAGCCCACCGGCAACACCCGACCAGGAUGACCCACUGGGGGCGCUACCCCUACUACAGUAUGCCUCCCUAGAUCCAACAAAGAAAUGUGUCAGGCUUCUGGAGAUCUUGCCAGCACCAGAUCACGAACCUAUACAGGCAACUCUAUCACUUUCCGACCUGGACGACAAACCUGCCUUUAUCGCGCUUUCCUACACGUGGGACCCAAAAGAUGGCGAGAAGAAAUAUAUCAACAUCCAAGGAUCCAGAUUUCCUGUAGGAAUGGGUUUGUGGAACUUCAUACAGCAGUACCGUAGGAAGCAGUAUCUCCGACAGUGUUGUGAGAAAGAUCCACCGACGGCCCUACCCUUAUGGAUCGAUGCCAUAGCAAUUGACCAAGAUAACAUACCGGAACGUAACCACCAAGUUUCCCUCAUGCGGGAUGUAUACACUGGAGCGAAGUCUGUUAUCGUAUGGCUCGGCCUUCCCCGGGGAUCUGAAGAGUUGGCUUUCAUGCUUGCGCGCCAUCCAGAUCUUCUCAGAGUCGAAGAGUUCCAUACUGCUUUGGCAGAUGUGCUCAAUAAGCCCUACUGGAGCCGCGUCUGGGUCGUUCAGGAGUUCGUUUUGGCACAGUCUGUCGACAUCUGGUGUGGCGACCUCCAGGUAGAUGCUGCGACUGUCGAAACCAUCUGGCGCAAUGGCCUAACAUCAACGCCAGUGGCCUCUCCGACAAAUCUGAUCUAUACAAGUCGUGGCUACAAACUGUUCAAACACCGGAAGGACUUCAAACGCACGAAGAACUACAGGAGAGACGUGCUGGGUCGCCGCAACAGCAAGACUUUGAAAUCGACGUUUCGCCUGCGCGAUCUCCUACAAGACUUUGCAACCUCGGAAAGCUCUGUAGUGUAUGAUAGGGUCUACGGAUUUCUGGGAGUGGCAUCUACUGGUCGCGGGGGGAAGAUCGUGCCGGACUAUAACAAGCAACCCGUCGAGCUUCUGGUCGAUGUUCUUCGCAACCAAUGCCACGAAGAUGUCAGAAGAGGAGAUUCGGAUGACUAUCGUUUCUUGGCCUUUCUCAUGCAAGCGCUAUCUGUCUCACGCGAGACUCUCGCACAGCACAUCCUGAACCUGUGUCCAGAUCUCCAGCCACAUCUCUAUAUCAUGGCUGCCACGCCCUGUAUCACAGCAUCCAUUUCGUUCAUCAGUGCAAUCACUGAUAUUGGUGAAUUUGUAGAUCAUGACGAGGCUUUCCAGCCCGGAUCUUGGAAGGCGGGAGGCUGGACAACGAUCAGAUCGAACAUGCAUCCAAGAUCCUUCUCACCACAAGAUAUUCAAGAUCUUGGGGAGUAUGUUCUCAGAGAAGGGACGCCACAACUACUCAGCUUCGCCGACCCUCAUGUAGCCUAUGGUAACCCUGGUCCAACGGAGAAAGUACGACAAGCGAUGAUCGAAGCUUCCGCGGAUCGGGUGAUCGACGGUCUCUCCCGAGCGGUUGAGGAGCCAGGGCGGGCGGCCACUACCAGUCCACGGCCUGGCGAUGGUGGUAAUAAAGUUGUACGCAACAUCAUCUCCCGAAGUAUAACAGAUGACGCUGCGGCACUAUACAUGAAUGCCAGGACUAAGCUGGCCCGGCGAAACACCGACCAGCGACACGCACGCUACACAUCCUUUGUAGGCACGAACGGCAUCACUGGACUUGCUUGCGGAGGUGGCCCGGGAUCAUAUGAGAUAGGACCAAAUGACUGGAUCUGCGUGUUCUCCGGCGUUACCGACACGAACAACGCCUUCAUCCUCCGCUUCGAUCCUGAAGGAAGAUGGCUGAUAUCUGGCUUCGCAGUCAUACUUUUACCAGAGCUGCGCACGCCUUCGGUGCUGCGGACAGGUACUGGGGCCACGACGACGAGCAAUUUUAGCACGAGCGCGUUGAGUCGGAAGCAGACAUUGCGCGACGAUAUGGUCAUGUGCUUCCAUUGCCAUUUGAGCGAUCUCAUUGAGCUGCAGCGCUGUCAGUUGCUAAGUGAUGUUCAAAUGAGCUUUUUGAUGGAGCAGACUUUGAGAGGGGAAGCGGAGGGGAAGACUCAUCGGUGUGAUCAAGGCACCAGUGAUUACGUCAUUCUGGAGUUCGGUCUGUGA